AUGACCAGUUCCGUCGGCGACGUGAUCCUUCUGCACCCGCUAAUGCUCCGUUCCGCCUCCAAAAACGGACGCCGUUUGCCUCGAAUCAUCACCAACCCCCCUGUCUCACUUGUUGAGCCAUUCAAUUUUGAUCGCAGCGACUCCUCAGAGUAUAGCCUGGUUGAGCUCAAGACGAUUCGCGAUCUAGGCGGACACGAGAAACUGAAGGGUUGGAAGGUCACGGGGGAACGAUUGGCGGUGGUGCCGGAACGACCGAUGUACCAGGCUAAAUGGAUGGAGGAGGAAAUGAGAGGCUGA